AUGUUUCUGUGAGGGGAAUGAUAUUUAAUUUUCUGGACGGUGUUUGGUUUUAUGUAAUUUGUAGGAGAAAAGGUUGGACCGAACAGUACUACAGGAUCAUGUUCAGUAGUUUCAGUAACUGGUCAAAAGGAAAGAAUCACUCAUGAACUGCACAGCGCUGGUCGAGAAUCCACAACACUCUGGUCUAACUGUCUUCAACGUGAAAUGUUUCACGUUCCUGCUGUUUCUGUAUCUUUUCUCUCGGUCUGUGUUCGAUUGUGCUGCUGAUGGAAAGGGAUACUUUAUAUCCCUCGACUACAGGUGUACCUGGUACACCAGAGAGCCGGAGCAGGUGGAGUUUCUGAUCGACUGGUAUUUUAAUGAAGAGUUUACAAUGCGGUACAACAGCACAGUUGGGAACUGGACAGGCUUUACUCCAGCUGGAUUAAUCUUUGCAUCGAUGUAUAAAGAAAACAUAUAUGAAGUUCAGCAGAAGAUAUUAGAGAGGCAGCUGAUAUGUGUCGACAAUACUGAUUUGUUAUUGAAUGCAGUGGAGGAGAACAUGGCUGAACCCAACAUCACUCUUACAGAGACCACCACCUCCAGUCACGACACCAUGCUGGUGUGCAGCGCUUACGAUUUCUACCCCAAACAUAUCAGGGUGACAUGGCACCACAACGGACAGGAAGUGACUUCAGGCGUGACCUCAACCGAGGUGAUGACAAACGGAGACUGGACCUACCAUGUCCACUCUUUCCUGGAGUUCACACCUGGCCGACAGGACAGGGUCAGCUGUGUGGUGGAGCACAUCAGCCUCAGGGAGCCCAAGAUUUCUGACUGGGACUCUUCCUUUAAUCAGUCUGAGAGGAGCUUCGUGAUUGGUGGAGUUUGUGCUCUGCUGUUGGGAGCAGUGAUUCUGUCCUCAGGACUGAUCCACUACAGGAGGAGACGCUCUGUAAUCUGAUAGAAAACCUGUU